ACAUCUCCUACUUUUAACUUCACUUCUGUCAUCGACUCUAACAACCAAUAUAUGGCAGACGAGACAGAAUUAAUCGCUGCCUUGUCCGACAUUGAUCCCACUAACGUUAUCCCUGGCGUCCUCAUUGCUAAGGGCCUUAUCGCUGGUGCCAAAUGGUAUAAUGCCGGAUCUGCCAUCAGGUCAUACUCACGGGGUUUGGAUGGUUUAGAGGAUGGCUUCUCUACCCUCUUCUUGAAUCGUCGACGCAUACCUCUGGCCGAGCUCCGAGAUCUGCAUGCUGAAUACAAUGAACAUGUGAACGACGGAGACCAAGUUCUCAAGAAGCUCCAGAGAUUACAGAACGUGCCAUAUUCAUUCAACUUCUCAAGAAAUUUGACUUAAAGUUACGAAAUGACGCUGCUGCCUUCAAAUCUGAAAGUCGCAGCUUCAAUGCCGCGGCCAAGGUAUAGAUCAUCUGCGAACGCUAAAUCAGCCGAAAUGAGUCGUGAGCUCCAAUCAAUUGAAAGCAACAAUACGACUGGGCAACAACAGGGUGCCAUCAAUGAUGGAAAUGUACACCGGUAUACGCGAUCGGAGAGAGCACGCAAGGCUAUGGCUGAGCUGCUUGAGGCGAUUUACGAGGAUAGCGACGACAUGAACUUGUCCGGUAGCAACACGCCAUCUUGUGAUGACAAUAAUCCAUUUAAAGACGGCGAUGUCGCGGGCUCUACCCAGGUCGAUGGCUCAGAAAACGCAAGCCUUUCCAUUUCUGAAGUCAAUGCUUCGGCGCAGGGAGAGAUAAUGUCUAUGCUACAGGAGGUUGAUAUCGCUGCAGCGUGGGCCGAAAGUUCUUGAGUUCCAUACAUUCUCCGCUGAUAACAUGCCGGACAUGUGCUUCGCCUGCUACAUGGUGAACGGGACAUUCCUGCUUUCACGUCACUCUCAGUAUCAUAGUAGUUAACCCUUAGUCUUUCAUUGUUGUAUAGAUGCCUCCAAUUGAGGCUAUAAUUGGUUUCAAGAGAGGAAUGCUUGUCCUUGAAGAACGCUAGAAGCUAACCGAGCAAAUAGGUUGCUCC